GGAGUGCUGGCUCUGCCAGGAGAGGCUGGUCGCUCUCUGCACACUCACCUGACGGGUGUGGGCCUUGGGCCCAGCCCUUACCUCUGUAGAACCAGCCCCUUCUUCCUGGAGAGCACAAAGCACUGGCCUGGCCCCCUGAACCCUGCCUUCUCAGGCACCUAAUCUGACUUUUCCAUCCUGACAACCCCCCGCCCGGGGGGCAUGGGACAUGUCCCCAUUAGACAGAUGAACUGAGCCUCAGGAGUUUCUGAAUGAAGGGGCACACUGCAGAACGUUCCAGGUCACUGGGGAUGGAGGGGAAGGCCCAGACCAGUGCAGGGAGUUGGGCGGGGCAGGGGUUGGGCUUCCCACAUCCCCACCCCUUGAUUUGGCUAAAUGAGCCUUAGCUCACCAAACCUAUAAGCCAGAGUCCACCUGACCCCAGGCUUUGGGAAGCCUCGGAUUGGCCUAUGAUCUCCCAAGUGGCUCUUGUGGGCCCCUGGAAUAGAAGAGAAGGAUCUUGUGCGGGCUUUUCCUCAGAGCCCCAGCAUAGGGCCGGGAGGGUGGGUUUCCCUGCCUGGAGUCUCCAGAACAGGAUGACAGACUGAACUCACCAUGGCCAACGUACACACACAUGCAUCCUCAUACGUGGGUACCCUGGCGUCAGAGACGGGACAGUGGCCCACCUCUGUUCUGCUGGUCCCACAUGGCCCCAACCGGAGGAAAGAGGUUGCUUGAGGACUAGUACACCGCCACCCCCAAAGGCCCGGCCUGGGGCACCCCAUGCAGGUGGCAUCGGCACUGGCACUGCUUGGAAAAGGAGCCACAGAACUUCCGGAGGAGGGUCCAAACCCUUCUGUGCCGGGGAUAAAACGUUCCAAGGCGGGUGGCUUCCAGGGCACUGUGCGCCCCUGCUGAGGGUGGUGUAGCCGUCCCACGGGAUGCGCCCCGAGGACCCCAGCCUGCCCCCCUCUUCUUAAAGCGCGGGAACACCCACCCCCCGACACACACACACCGACACACACACACGCACCCCGACAUACACACACACACACACCGGCCAGAGACCAAAGGCUGGAGUGGGUGGUGGUGUUGGGCACCUUCCCGGAGCGGGCACCCAACCACUGGUCCCACUCCCGCGGGCAAGCCGGGCAGCCCCGCCCCAGCGCCGCCCCCGAAGCGCGGUGGCGCCUGCGCCUGCCGGGCCCUCUAGCCCGACCAGUUCGGCCGCGCCGGGGCUCGGAUUUCAAAGCCCGGGCUCCAUUCCUGGUGAAUGGGCCGGAGCUCGCCCGGUCUUUCCCACAGACCCCUCCCGCCACGGCCCUGCCCCUCCCCACGGCCCUCCCUCCGCGCAUCCACGUGACGUCCAAGCCUCGGCGGCUCGGAUUACGGACGCCGCUCCAGUCCCUGCGCCGCCCGCCAGCCCCGCCGCGACAUGGCCCGCGCCGCCCCGCGGCGGCCCGCGAUCCCCGAGCGCGGCGCGGCCGGCCGCUGAGCGCAGCCCGGAGGCUGCAGGCCCGACCCGGCCUCGGAGCGAAAGCCGCCGCGGCCUGGGUCCCCUCACCCAGCCUGCGCCCCGCCGCCGACGCUGCCGCCCGGCCCGAGCAUGGAGACGGCGGAGAAGGAGUGCGGCGCCCUGGGAGGGCUCUUCCAGGCCAUCGUCAACGACAUGAAGAGCUCCUACCCCAUCUGGGAGGACUUCAACUCCAAGGCCACAAAGCUGCAUUCCCAGCUGAGGACCACUGUGCUGGCUGCUGUGGCCUUCCUGGAUGCCUUCCAGAAAGUGGCUGACAUGGCCACCAACACCCGAGGGGCCACGCGGGAUAUCGGCUCGGCGCUCACGCGCAUGUGCAUGCGCCACCGCAGCAUCGAGACCAAGCUGCGGCAGUUCACCAAUGCGCUCCUGGAGAGCCUCAUCAACCCACUGCAGGAGCGCAUCGAGGACUGGAAGAAGUCGGCCAACCAGCUGGACAAGGACCACGCAAAAGAGUACAAACGAGCCAGGCAUGAGAUCAAGAAGAAAUCUUCAGACACGCUGAAGCUGCAGAAGAAAGCACGCAAAGAGCUACUUGGGAAAGGAGACCUGCAGCCCCAGCUGGACAGUGCCCUGCAGGACGUGAACGACAUGUACCUGCUGCUGGAGGAGACGGAGAAGCAGGCGGUGCGCCGGGCCCUGAUUGAGGAGCGUGGCCGCUUCUGCACCUUUAUCACCUUCCUGCAGCCUGUGGUGAACGGCGAGCUGACCAUGCUGGGAGAGAUCACCCACCUGCAGGGCAUCAUCGAUGACCUGGUGGUGCUGACCGCGGAGCCACACAAGCUGCCGCCCGCCAGCGAGCAGGUAAUCAAAGACUUGAAGGGCUCAGACUACAGCUGGUCCUACCAGACCCCACCCUCAUCGCCCAGCAGCUCCAGCUCCCGGAAGUCCAGUAUGUGCAGCGCCCCCAGCAGCAGUAGCAGUGCCAAGGGUGGCGGAGCCCCGUGGCCUGGGGGUGCCCAAACAUACUCACCUGGUUCCACCUGUCGCUACCGCAGCCUGGCACAGCCGGCCACCGCCAGCGCCCGCCUCUCCAGUGUCUCCUCCCACGACUCUGGCUUCAUCUCCCAGGAUGCCACCUACUCCAAGCCCCCCUCGCCCAUGCCUUCAGACGUCACCAGCCAGAAGUCCUCCAGCUCAGCAUCCUCCGAGGCCUCGGAAACCUGCCAGUCCGUCAGCGAGUGCAGCUCCCCUACCACGGACUGGGCCAAGGCCGGCCCCCACGAGCAGCCCUCAGGCAGCACCCUGCAGCGGAGGAAGGACCGAGUGGAGCUCCUCCGAGACACAGAGCCAGGCCCGGCUGUCGGGGGCACCCUGGGCCCCAGUGGAGAGGAGGCCCCGCGACCCCGCAUGUCCCCUGCCACCAUCGCAGCCAAGCACGGUGAGGAGGUGUCCCCCGCGGCCAGUGACCUGGCCAUGGUGCUGACCCGCGGCCUGAGCCUGGAGCACCAGAAGAGCAGCCGGGACUCCCUGCAGUACUCGAGCGGCUACAGCACACAGACCACCACGCCCUCCUGCUCCGAGGACACCAUCCCCUCCCAAGGCUCCGACUACGACUGCUACUCAGUGAACGGGGACGCAGACGGGGAGGGCCCACCCGAGUUCGACAAGUCAUCCACCAUCCCUCGCAACAGCAACAUCGCCCAGAACUACCGCCGCCUGAUCCAGACCAAGCGCCCGGCCUCCACUGCGGGGCUGCCCACCGCCGGGCUGCCCACCACCUCGGGCGCACCCCCUGGCGUGGCCACCAUCCGCCGCACGCCCUCCACCAAGCCCGCCGUGCGCCGCACCCUCUCCAGCGCCGGCCCCAUCCCCAUCCGGCCACCCAUCGUCCCCGUGAAGACGCCCACGGUGCCCGACUCCCCCGGCUACGUGGGGCCCACGCGGGCGGGCAGCGAGGAGUGUGUCUUCUACACCGACGAGGCCGCCUCGCCCCUGGCCCCGGACCUGGCCAGGGCCUCCCCGAAGAGGCUCAGCCUGCCCAACACAGCCUGGGGCAGCCCGUCCCCCGAGGCCGCCAGCUACCCGGGGCCGGGGGCUGGGCUGGCGGCUGAGGGCGACGAGCAGCAGCAGCAGCUGGCUGCCAACCGGCACAGCCUGGUGGAGAAGCUCGGGGAGCUGGUGGCAGGUGCCCACGCCCUGGGCGAGGGCCAGUUCCCUUUCCCCACUGCCCUGUCGGCCACCCCUGUGGAGGAGACUCCCACCCCGCCCCCCGCUGCCACCAGCGACCCCCCGGCUGAAGACAUGCUGGUGGCCAUCCGGCGCGGGGUGCGGCUCCGCAGGACCGUCACCAACGACAGGUCGGCGCCCCGCAUCUUGUGAUCCCACCCUCUGGCCUGGGCGAGGCAGGUGGCCUGGUCGGUGGGCAGCGGCCACUUCAGAGCAAAGGCACAGUCAGGAGAGAGCAGAGCCAGGCAAGCUUUUUUUUUUUUUUUUUUGAAGUCAUAUGAGGCAAAGCUACUUUAUUGGAAAGAGACACCCAUCUUGGAUUUCAAGGUUUAAACAGGAAAUGACUUCUUUAACAAACCUCGCCAGGACGGAGCCUGCGGGCCUGGAACUUGGAUUUGGAGCCUGUUUCAACCUUUGCUUGCCCACUCUGUCCCUCCUCUUCCUCCUUCCGGGCCCUGCCUUUUCCUGGUGUGGGUGAGCCCCAGAGCCACGCUCCCUGCCCACAGCAGCAGGGCCGGGCCAGCCUCUCCCGGUCCCACCAGCCUGGGUGGGCCCACAGUGCCACCGCUUAGCUAGCCUGGCCCGGCUUCUCGCCAUCUCCCCAGGGACGGUGGCCUCGGGCUCUGCCGGAAUGCUAGUCCACCCUGCCCUGACUGAGCCCCCUCCUCCUCCCUCCUCCACCGUCUCAUCUCUCUGCCUCUCCAGGCUCCUCUCCUUCGGAGAGCAGGGCCGACGGGGAGCAGCUGUGCAGGGGCCAGGGGCCCAACCGGCUAAGGUAUCUGGUUUGCUGAGAAAGCUCUACGGGAUGGCUGGCUGUUGGGGACACGGGGUGGGGGGGGUUGGGGAGGUUGCAGCUGGGAGCCCAGCUGCCGUCGCCGCCGUCGUCGUCGUUGUCGGGGAAGGGGGCCUGGGCCCAAGUCAAGCCUCUUGGGGAAGACAUGCAGGGGACCUGCUUGGAGGAGGCUGGGGACCCUGAAGCAGCAUCCCCUCCCCCCAGGGGUGGCUGGGGUUGGAGGCAGGGCGGGGCUGGGCAGCGGGGAAGGAGUCCAGAGGCUAGGGGUCACCUGGCCAGUCCCCCAGGAGCUGCUUUCGGAUGCCGUGAUGGUUUCAGCCACCCCUGGGGAUGGGGGCUGGAGCUGGGGGUGGGGGUGGGGGGAGGGACGGGAGGGGGUUCUUUUAAGAACACACAAUAAAAUGAGCUGACCGGACAAGGACUGCUUGUGGGGACAGGGUAGACGGUACAGGGUGUGUCCAAGAGUGCCUGAGGGACGGGGUCGGGGGGGCCCACACUGGCGUUGGGCCUGUGGCAGGAGGAGGGCCUAAUGGCUCCGGAGGCCAGAGAGCAGCUCUUCUCUCCAGCGUCCGGAGCAAAGCCGCGGUGAGGUUGGAAAGGGCUGGGGGCUGGGCCUCCUGUCAGUCUGCUGCGGACCAAGGGGUGGGGGUGGGGGGCAGUGGGAGGAGAUUAGCUUUGACUCUGUUGUCAGAGGAGCCGCCCUCCCAGGAUGGUCCGGGCGGCGGGGAGCGAGGUGGCAAGUGCCCCCGCGCCAUGUUGCGCGCCAGCUCCAAGCAGGUAAAAGCACGUGUGCCAAGUGCGAGCGGAGGACUUCCUGCGGCCCCGCAAGGCAGCCCAGGGCGGCAGGGUCACGGGGCAGGGGCCCCUCCCGGGGUCAGGAGAGCUGGCUUUUCCUGGUCUGGAUGGAGCCCAGGCUCCUGGUAGUUCUUGUGCCGGAAACUGGGGUCCAGGCACGGCAGCCAGGCGGGUGUGGGGAACCAAGGAUGCCCCUGAGUAUAUGGAGCCCGGCGGGGUCCCCGAAGGCGGGUGGAGAACGUACCUGUAAGUCGCUAGGUCGGAGAAAGGAGACUUGCUAAGCGCACCACACCUGGAGGAGGGCCGGGGCGAGGAAGGGGGCGGGAGAGCAGAUGGCCUGUAUUUGAAGGCUUGGGGCGGGGCUUACACUGCCCCUCGCCACAGGGUUUGCCCAGGUGGGCUGAUUUAAGAUGCAGGUUAUGUGAUGUGAGCAGGGUAAGGGGUAGUGGGGUGGGGGGAGAGCUGAGUCCCCAUGAGGAAGAGCUUGCCCCUGGGGAGGGGGAGGUGGCUUCGGAGACCCAGGGAGGGGGUGGGUGCGGCACAGCUGCCCCCCACCCACCCAUACUCCAGUGGCGCCCUUCCCCUCCAAGCCCCCCCGCCCCAGGGCUGUACAUAACUCCUCCAUCCCCUUGAUCGCCUCGCGUCCAUUUAGUGACCACCUUGCAGGCCCACCCCUUUGGGAUCCGAGCCAGCCAUUCCGCAUCACAAACUUUGGUUUGGGGGACUUCUUUACGUUUGUUUCAUUUUUCUUUUUGUACAGAGAAAUAUUCUUUUCAAAAAGUGUCUUUUGACUGAAGUAACUUUUCUGGUGCUGUUAACUUGUUCCUUUUUUUAAUUUAUUUCCCCACCCCAGGCUCCCCCUCCUGGUUCCUACUCACUUUUUCUUCCCUCCACCACCCCCUCACCACCCCCAUCCCAUCUGAACCAUUUUGUUUCUUUUCUUUCUGUCAGUUUUUGGAUAAAUGAUCCUCUCCUUCCCCCCCCCCACGCCCCUGCAACCCACCCUCUCCUUGAUUUAAAUAGUCACUGCUACAAGUAACAAAUGCACUGUGAAGAUUCCAGUAUUAAUAAAGUUGUACUGUAAUUAA